UAAUCUCCUUAGUUUACUUUCAGCGUUUAUUCAUUUACUUUGAUCAAUUUGUUUCGUGCAACAUGGCUUCAAUCCUCGGCAUUUUGCUAACAUUGUUGAUGCUGGAAGGUUUGACCUCUGAAGCCACAUCCUUCAACUCGGAUGUUGAUGACUCGAUGAUUCAGCUGUACGAGGAAUGGAAAGUGAAAUACGGCCGGGAGUACAACGAUGUCGACGAACAGGCGUAUCGGUACAAGGUUUUCCAGGACAACGUGAAGUUCAUCCAGUCGUUUAACAAGCAAACAGAUAGAACUUACACCCUUGGAAUUAACCGAUUCGCGGAUUUAACGAAUGCAGAAUUCAUGUCACGUUAUGCAGGAUACAAACCAGGGAAAAGAAUCGAUUCCGGGGCUGCAUCAUUUCGAUAUGCAGAGGUCGACUCUGUUCCUCCUAAGAUGGAUUGGAGAAAACAAGGUGUGGUCACAAGAGUCAAAGAUCAAGGCAAUUGUGGUAGUUGUUGGGCAUUUUCUGCAAUCGGGGCGAUCGAAGGAAUCCACAAACUCAAAACAGGGGAAUUAGUCUCCUUAUCCGAGCAAGAACUAGUUGAUUGUGAUGUGAAAGGCGAAAACAAGGGAUGCAACGGAGGCGAAAUGCAAGCAGCGUUCGACUUCAUAAUGAAAAAGGGCGGGAUCGCCAGCGAGGAAAACUACCCUUACGUAGGGGAAGAUGAUCUGUGCGCUACAAGCAAGACGAAACAGAUCGCUGCCAGCAUCGGGGGUUAUGAAGAAUUGCCUGUCAACGACGAGUCAGCGCUGAUGAAAGCCGUGGCGAACCAGCCUGUUUCGAUGGCGAUGGAAGCGAGUUACGAGUUUCAGUUUUAUGAAAAGGGCGUUUUUAACGGCCCCUGUGGCACCGAAUUAAACCACGGCGUGCUCGCCGUCGGUUAUGGGGAAACUAAUGGUACCAAGUACUGGCUGGUGAAGAAUUCUUGGAGUGCGGAUUGGGGCGACAAAGGUUAUUUCUUCAUUGAGAGGGACAUUAAGAAAAAGGGAGGCCGAUGCGGGAUCGCAAUGGACAAUUCUUAUCCCACUGAUUGAAAAAAUAGAAGUCAAGUUCCCCUGAAUGACAAAGCAGAAGUAAUAUAUGUUUUAACUUUUACCCGGAUGAUUUUAUCCUGCUCUUAACUAAUGAAUAUUAUAUCAAAUGGAGUGACGUUAC